UCUGCAGCCUGGGGACUGGGGGAGACGCCGGCUCGGCACGGCUCGGCCCGGGUCCAAGGAAGAGGGAGGGAGAGAGGGCGGAGGUUGGCACUGUCGGUGCCCGUCCCGAUCCCGGUCCCGGCUGCGGGUGCAUGCGGAGGGAGAGGCCGAGCCGGGCCAGGCCGGGCCGAGCCGAGCCGGGCCGGGCCGGGGAAGGGAGGGAGCCAUGUCCCGGCGCAGCAUCGUCGAGGUGAAGGUCCUGGACGUGCAGAAGCGGAGGGUGCCCAACAAGCACUAUGUCUACAUCAUCAAAGUUACGUGGUCAGGUGGCCCCACGGAAGCCAUUUAUCGACGGUAUAGCAAGUUCUUCGACUUACAGAUGCAGAUGUUGGACAAGUUUCCAAUGGAAGGUGGCCAGAAGGACCCCAAACAAAGGAUCAUCCCCUUUCUGCCUGGAAAAAUCCUCUUCCGUCGAAGUCACAUCCGAGAUGUAGCAGUGAAACGUCUGAUCCCCAUUGAUGAGUACUGUAAGGCCCUGAUCCAGUUACCCCCCUACAUCUCUCAGUGCGAUGAGGUCCUCCGCUUCUUUGAGACGAGACCGGAAGACCUGAACCCCCCAAAAGAGGAGCACAUCGGAAAGAAGAAAGCUGGGGGAGAUGGAGGCUCAUCUGACCCCAUGGUGCUGGAACAAUAUGUGGCAGUGGCAGAUUACCAGAAGCAAGAGAGCUCGGAGAUCAGCCUGGCAGUAGGGCAGCUGGUGGAUAUCAUUGAGAAAAAUGAGUCCGGUUGGUGGUUUGUUAGCACUGCCGAUGGGCAGGGCUGGGUCCCUGCCACCUGCUUGGAGGGUCAGGAUGGAGCCCAGGAGGAACUGGCCCUGCAGCCUGAAGAAGAGGAGAAGUACACAGUGAUUUACCCGUACACGGCUCGAGAUCAGGAUGAAAUUAGUUUGGACAGAGGGGCCACGGUGGAAGUGAUGCAGAAGAACCUGGAGGGCUGGUGGAAGAUCAGGUACCAGGGGAAAGAGGGCUGGGCCCCAGCCUCCUACCUGAAGAAGGGCAGUGGAGAACCCUUCCCGCCAAAGCUGGGCUCUGGUCCUUCGGCCCAGUCUUGUGCCCUCGACCUGGAUGGCACAUCCUGGCAACAGAAUUCAACCAGCCGAGAGAAGGAUGGCCUCAACAACCAGAGAGAUGGAAAGCUGGAUGGGCGCCAGGGCUCGGAUGGGGAUUUCAAACGAAGGUCUCCGAAGAUGAGGCAGAGACCCCCUCCUCGCCGAGACCUGACUAUACCCCGUGGCUUGAACCUGCCAAAACCCCCCGUCCCACCCCAAGUGGAGGAGGAAUACUACACCAUCGCGGACUUCCAGACCACCAUUCCCGACGGCAUCAGCUUCCAGGCAGGGCUUAAAGUCGAGGUGAUCGAGAAGAACUCGAGCGGCUGGUGGUACAUCCAGAUAGAGGAAUCGGAGGGCUGGGCUCCGGCAACCUUCAUCGACAAGUACAAAAAGACCAGCAACGCCUCAAGACCUAACUUCUUAGCCCCUCUGCCCACCGAACUGGCCCAGCUCCACCUGGGGGAGGCCGGGGUGGAGAACCACGUCAACAGCAACUGCGUCGAAGCCACCGGCCCGGCCCGGCCGCUCCCCGAAGCCCCGCACAACGGUCUGGAUUCUGGGGCGGGGUGGGCCAGGGACUGGAAGGGGAAGCAGCCGCCCUGGAACGCCUCCGCCGCCACGUCGGGCUUGGCCGGCUACGAGGAGAUCUCCGAUCCCGACGCAGAGGAGAAGCCCAGCCUGCCCCCACGCAAGGAGUCCAUGAUCAAAUCGGACGGGGAGAUGCAGGAGAGGGAGCGGCAGAGGCUUGACCAGCUCAAGGGACCCCCGCCGAAGCCCCCCGGGAUGAUUUUGCCGAUGAUCCCACCCAAGCACGCUCCCCCGACCAAGGACGGCAAGAAGCCGGAGCCGAAAUCUGAGAAGGGCAAGCUGUUCCAGCUGAAAAAUGAAAUGGGACUGGAGUGUGGGCACAAGAUAUUGGCCAAAGAGGUGAAGAAGCCGAACCUCCGGCCCAUCGUCAAGUCCAAAGCGGACGCGUCCGAGGACAAGCCCGAGCCCCCCGCCCCCAACCCCUUCUUAAAAUCCAAACCUCAGGUCAGGCCCAAACCGGGGGCUUCCCCCCGGACGGAACCCUCUCAGCCAGUGGACAUUUCCCACCUCCGGAGCAAGCUGCGGCCCGCCAAGUCUCAGGAGAAACCCGUGGAGGAGGAGACCCCCCCAGAUGGCCCUGCCAACAGCCCACCGCUCACGGGGGAAGCUCCCAACAGGGCUCAGGAGCGAGCUCCGGCCGACCCCAAGGUACCCCCGAAGCCGGACGUCCCCGUGCCGAAGGAGGCUCCCCCGAGACCUCCUCCGGGGUCAGCCAAGCCUGUUGACCCUGAGCUCAAAGGUGGACCGGGCCCCCAGCAGAGACCAGUGGUGCCUCCCCGGAGACCCCCACCUCCAAAGAAGACCACCCGGCCCCUGCCGGAAGUCAAGGGGCAGCAGCGAGAGGGGCAGGACACCAAGGCUACGGGGACUCCAGGUCGACCCAUGCUGGUUCCUCCAAAAGCCAAACCAUUUCUGAAUGCCCUGGAGGAGACCAGGGGGAAGGGUGGCCUGGGGCCCAAGGGGCCGGGCAAGACCGGGGAGGCCAGGGAGAAGCCCGGCUCAGCUCCCGUCCCCCACGCAGAGGUCCCCAGAGAUGCCUUGUACGUAGCCCUGGCUGACUUCGAAGGCGAUGAGGAGACCAGCGGUUUCCAGGAGGGGACGGUGUUUGAGGUGCGGGAGAAGAACAGCAACGGCUGGUGGUUCUGCCGGGUCCUGAGCGGGGCCUCCUCGUGGGAAGGCUGGAUUCCUUCCAACUACCUGAGAAAGAAGCCAUAGUGCCCACCUCUCCCCUCUCACUCCUCCACCUCUUCCUGGCCGUGGGUCCCUUCCCCGGGGCUCUGCCCAGGUAUUUAAUUCUCUUCCUAAUUUAUGGUUUCUCAUAAGGCUUUAACCAAGGAUGAGGCUGGAGGGCUCUGAGUUGGGGUUUUUUUCCAUGCGUCUCCCAGAGGGCUAAGAUGGUGAGGCGCGGAGUUUUCGUGCUGAGCCGGUGUCUCUGAGGCCAGCCUCGUUGCCAGCUCCAUUUUGGAAUGGCCUUCCCAAGGUCAACAGGCACCGGCUCUGCGGGACCUCGGGGCGGCUUGUGACCCCGUAGCAGAGAUCUUGGCCGGAGAUGCUCAGUAGAGGAGUUGGAAGUUAGAGGUCUUGCCUUGGGGUUUUGGCAGCUGGCCGGGGAAGACCAGGGAGGGACUUAACCCGACUUUCCCCACAAGCCCCUCCAGCCCACAGCUUUGGUGCCUUCCAGAACUCCCCUGUCACCCCCAGGGGCUGCCCUAUCCCCAAAGUCUCGGGGAUGACCCCACAGAGAGACCACAAUUUUCACCAGUCGGGGACAUCCCGGGCCAUAAGAUAUCCAGUCUUUCCCCACUCUGGGUACGCCCGCCCUUGCACCUAAGGCAAAGAUGUCUGUCCCGUCGGGAGACCCUCUGCCUCUCCGUUACUUGGGAGCAGCGCUGGGGCUGGGGAUAAAUUCUCCUCCUUCCUGCAGCUCCCCGUUCCUGCCCCCUCCUUACUCCUUGCUUUCCUCAGGGCCGCCGCCCUCAUCAUCCUGGUUCUGGGCUGGGUGGAGCUGGCGGGAGGGAGAGAUCACAGGGUGAGUCCACUUAGGCCUCCAGUUCCAUACCAGAAUGGACCAAGGCGAGACCUGGCCAGCCUGAGAGUCCCCUGACAGCAUCGCCCUCCCGCUGCCCUGCAGGCUCUGGAAAUAAUGAUGCCUUUGUGGAAUCGGCGAAAAACCCAGGCCCUCAGGAAAAUGAGCUGUGCUGAACUCCUCAGGUCCUGGCUUGGUACCCGUCAAGAGGCAUACGCCACGUUCUCUGGGAUUUGACUUGACGUCAGAGGGAAAAGUUGUGCCUUUUGGACCCUACCUGCUUCCUCCUAAAAAACCUGUCCCCCCUGCAGUCUACCAUAGAGAAUUUGUCUUCCUAUCUUACUUGGGGUCUAACCUGUUUUUCGCAUUCUCUGCCAUGUCUAUUGGGUUGUGCAUCGUGCUUCUGGAGACUUUCUUCCUUGGUCCUUUCUCCCUGGAAGGACCUGCAGCUGGUGAGAUCCGGUCCCUGCUCAGAACACACUCCCUCUAGGGCUGGAUGCCUGACCUGGCCCUCAGAGCAGAGGGCAGCUAAUGGCGGUGGGUAUUAAAUUUGCCCAAUAUUA